AAAACAAAUCAACAAAGUCUUACCAACUCGCCAUUUCUUCGUCGGCGUCUCGCCGAGUCUUUUCCGCCCCUGCAACCCUAAUCCUAUACCACCACUUUCGGAAGCUCCAAUCCCAAAACCCUAAGCCUUGCGCUAUUCGUAUUCUAAUGGACUCUCAGCCAAACGAUCUGUACGACACUGCGUCCCAGCCAGAUACGGGCAACGACGCCUACACCUUCGUCGAGUUCAACACGCCUGGCGAGGAAUUCGAUUACCCGGAUUUUCAAGAACUUUCUCAGCCCAUUCGACCUUCGGCGUGGCCCACGCCCUCAGAUUCCUUGGUCUCCGAAGCACCUGAUAGGCCCCCCUCAUCCGACACCUCGCCCUCCACCAAAUCCCGCUACGGUGGGGCCGGUGGAAAUGGACCCGGCGGAAAAGGUAGCAGUAAUAGUAAUCAGUCUGCAGCUUUCGAUGCCUUAGCCGCUGGGAUGAGCGGGUUGAAUUUCGAGGAGACUGGGGAUGAUGAGGGGUUUGAGUUCGGGAAAGGGGAUUUUGCCGUGGAGCAUGCUUGUCGGUACUGUGGCAUAACAAACCCCGCCUGUGUUGUCAGGUGCAAUGUGCCGUCAUGUCGCAAGUGGUUCUGCAAUUCUAGGGGGAAUACUUCGGGCUCGCACAUUGUUAAUCACCUGGUUCGAGCGAAACACAAGGAGGUGUGCCUUCAUAAAGAUAGUCCUCUUGGUGAAACAAUUCUUGAGUGCUAUAAUUGUGGAUGUCGAAAUGUCUUUCUUUUAGGGUUCAUCUCUGCCAAGACUGAGAGUGUUGUUGUUCUGCUCUGCCGGGAACCUUGUUUAAAUGUUAAUGCAUUGAAGGAUAUGAAUUGGGACUUGAGCCAGUGGUGCCCCCUAAUUGAUGAUAGAUGUUUCUUGCAGUGGCUUGUUAAGGUCCCAUCUGAGCAGGAACAGUUGAGGGCACGCCAGAUCAGUGCUCAGCAAAUAAACAAGGUUGAAGAAUUGUGGAAGACUAACCCUGACGCUACCCUGGAAGAUCUUGAGAAGCCUGGUGUAGAUGAUGAACCUCAGCCUGUUGCCUUGAAGUAUGAAGAUGCAUAUCAGUAUCAAAACAUCUUUGCACCACUGAUCAAGCUUGAAGCUGACUAUGAUAAGAUGAUGAAAGAGUCCCAGAGUAAAGACAAUUUGACUGUUCGCUGGGAUGUCGGUCUAAACAAGAAGCGCAUUGCAUAUUUUGUUUUUCCUAAGGAAGAUAACGAGUUGCGCCUUGUACCUGGUGAUGAGUUGCGGUUACGUUAUUCAGGAGAUGCAGCUCAUCCAGCUUGGCAGUCAGUAGGGCAUGUGAUAAAACUAACUGCACAAGAGGAGGUUGCACUUGAACUUCGUGCUAGUCAGGGUGUUCCUGUUGAUGUUAACCAUGGGUUUAGUGUUGACUUUGUCUGGAAGAGUACCAGCUUUGACCGGAUGCAAAGUGCAAUGAAAAGUUUUGCCGUGGAUGAGACAAGUGUGAGUGGGUACAUUUAUCACCACUUGUUAGGUCAUGAAGUUGAGAUGCAGCUGGUUCGUAAUACACUGCCUCGCCGCUUUGGUGCUCCUGGUCUUCCUGAGCUCAAUGCAUCUCAAGUUUUUGCUGUAAAAAGUGUGCUUCAAAAGCCCAUUAGUCUGAUUCAAGGUCCCCCUGGCACUGGAAAGACUGUCACAUCUGCUGCCAUUGUGUAUCAUAUGGCCAAACAGGGCCAGGGCCAGGUUUUGGUCUGUGCUCCCAGUAAUGUGGCUGUGGACCAACUAGCUGAGAAAAUAAGUGCUACAGGUCUUAAGGUUGUAAGGCUUUGUGCCAAGUCAAGGGAAGCUGUCAGUUCUCCUGUUGAGCAUUUAACUCUUCAUUAUCAGGUUCGCCAUCUUGAUACGUCAGAGAAAAGUGAGCUUCACAAGUUACAGCAACUCAAAGAUGAACAAGGAGAACUAUCUAGCAGUGAUGAAAAGAAAUAUAAAGCUUUGAAACGGGCAACAGAAAGAGAGAUAACUCAGAGUGCUGAUGUCAUUUGUUGCACCUGUGUUGGUGCUGGAGAUCCUAGACUGGCAAAUUUCAGGUUCCGUCAGGUGCUCAUUGAUGAAUCCACACAAGCAACUGAACCUGAAUGCCUUAUUCCCUUGGUUCUGGGAACAAAGCAGGUUAUUCUUGUGGGUGACCACUGCCAGCUUGGUCCUGUUAUUAUGUGCAAGAAAGCUGCUCGAGCUGGGCUUGCUCAAUCACUAUUUGAGCGCCUUGUCUUACUUGGUGUCAAGCCAAUCCGGCUGCAGGUACAAUAUCGAAUGCAUCCUGCCCUUUCUGAAUUCCCGUCUAACAACUUUUACGAGGGCACUCUUCAGAAUGGGGUAACCAUCAAUGAAAGGCAAUCGUCAGGCAUUGAUUUUCCUUGGCCUGUGCCAAACCGUCCAAUGUUCUUCUAUGUUCAGAUGGGACAAGAGGAGAUCAGUGCUAGUGGCACUUCCUAUUUGAAUAGAACUGAGGCUGCAAAUGUUGAAAAAAUUGUUACUACAUUUUUGAAGAGUGGGGUGGUUCCUGGGCAGAUUGGAGUGAUAACACCAUACGAGGGUCAGCGAGCAUACAUUGUGAAUUAUAUGUCAAGAAAUGGUGCUUUGAGGCAACAACUUUAUAAGGAAAUUGAGGUUGCAAGUGUGGAUUCAUUCCAAGGAAGGGAAAAAGAUUAUAUCAUUCUUUCCUGUGUCAGGAGUAACGAACAUCAGGGAAUUGGAUUUCUUAAUGAUCCCCGCAGGCUUAAUGUUGCUCUUACUCGUGCUCGUUAUGGUAUUGUAAUCUUGGGAAAUCCUAAAGUUUUGAGCAAGCAGUCAUUGUGGAAUGGCUUGCUGACACACUUCAAGGAGCAUGAAUGCUUGGUGGAAGGGCCUCUCAAUAACUUAAAGCAAAGCAUGGUUCAAUUUCAAAAGCCUAGAAAGUUCUACAAUGACCAUAGGCUUUUCCUUGGUGGUGGUCCUGGAAUUCCUGGUGAUACUUUUGGAUCUGCUUCGUUAUCAAAUCCCAAUUCUGACAGGAGAAAUAGCCGCUUUAGAGGCUACAUGGCAACUGUCCCACUGAAUGGGACCCAUAAACCUGGUGUUCAUCCUGCUUAUCCAAUACCUAGGGCUCCACUCCCUCCUUUCCAUGGAGGCCCACCGCAGCCAUAUGCUAUACCUACACGUGGUGCUGUACAUGGACCUGUUGGAGCAGUUCCUCAAGUUCCACAACCUGGUAGUCGGGGUUUUGGUGCAGGGCGUGGGAAUGCAAGUGCUCCAAUUGGUAGUCAUCUUGCACACCAACAAGCCUCUCAGCAACCAAUUGGAAGUCUUGGUUCUAAUUUUAAUUUCCCAGCGUUGGAGAAUCCCAACAGCCAGCCAUCUCUGGGAGGACCUUUAUCACAACCUGGAUAUGUUUCUAAUAUGGCAAUUCAGGGAGGAAAUCAGACUUUCCGGGAUGGAUUCUCUAUGGGUGGCAUGUCACAGGACUUUUUGGGUGAUGAUUUCAAGAGCCAGGGAUCACAUGUACCUUAUAAUAAUGUUACUGAUUUUUCAACACAGGCUUCACAAAGUGGAUAUGGUGUUGAUUAUGCUACUCAGGGAGCACAAGGAGGAUUCCCUGGGAGCUUCAUGAACCCCAACUCCCAAACUGGCUACUCACACUUUGGUUCUGGAAAUGAAUUUAUGUCUCAGGAAUACAUGGCUCAUGGGUCCCAAGAUCUUUUUACACAAGCAGGAUACAAUGAUCUAGCAAGAGAUGAUGCUUCACAGAACCAUUUUGGCAUGUCCAAUGCCAGUACACUUCAUUCUCAGGGUAUACUGAAUCCUCUCUACUCCCAGCCAUUUGGGCACUAUAACUCGCAACCCAUGAACCUGGAAAAUUCCCAACCUCAACAGCAGCAAGCUCCUCCGGGCCAGGGCUCGGGCUCGCAAAAUCAAAAGCUUCAGUAUAGCAGUUGAGAACCAUUUGGUUGGUAUAUGUAAGGGGGGUUAUACUUUUGCAUCCAGCUACUUGGUUUGUGCUUGUCAUGUGUGUUAUUGGCCAUAGAUGCAGUAAGAGUUUGGGAAUAAUUAAUGAGUUUGGUUGACGACAACCAUUGAAUCUAAGGAAUGAUUGGUUGGGAGAGUUGCAAGAUGGAAACUGGCUGCUGCAUCUGGUGGUCGGAUGAUCACGGGCAGCACAUCGGGUGCUGAGAAAAGAAUAUAAACCCUAUUCUGGAAGUUGUGUAAUAGUGAAUGAUGAAAGAGAGAAGGUAAAUUGUGCAUCUUGGAGAGAACAUUACAUGGGCGAGUGAAGGGAUUGCUGGAGGUAUGGGGUGUUCAAAAAUCAAAAAGCAGAGAUUUGGCUUCAUCACAAAGAUGGGAGUAGCUGCUGGACUCUGCAUGCCAGGAUGGAUGGAUACUCGGCUUAACAUCAUCACUUCCUUCUCACAUGUAAUUAAUUAUACUUCAGGUGUUACUAAUAUAGUACCAGUUUAGCACUAACACUCUUAUUUUAUAAUAUAAUAUAAUAUGGUGCUCUAGUCCUUGAUGAAAUUGGUUUUU